AUGUCGUUCUUCGGCUUCACGUCGGCCCCCGUCGACGUAGACAUCCGUCUCACAGGCGAAGAGGAGCGCAAGCAAGUAGAGGUCAAGGGCGAAGCCGACCGUAAAGAGAUGUGUCCCGUCUACUAUGAUGGCGAGAGUGUAGAGGGUCAGGUUCUUGUGCGCGUCAAGGAUGGAAAGAAGUUUCAGCACGACGGCAUCCGUAUCGAGCUCGUCGGAUCGAUAGAGCUCUUCUACGACCGCGGAAACCACUACGAAUUCGUGUCGCUGAGCCAGGAGCUGGCCGGACCCGGCGAGAUGCGACAGGCGCAGACGUAUGACUUUACGUUCAAGAACGUCGAGAAGCAGUACGAGAGUUACUCGGGUAUCAACGUAAAGCUGCGAUACUACAUUCGCGUGACGCUCAUGAGGCGCAUGGGCGAGGUGACAAAGGAGCGAGAGUUCUGGGUACACUCGUACCGCAUGCCGCCUGACAGCAACACGAGCAUCAAGAUGGAGGUCGGUAUCGAGGACUGCUUGCACAUUGAGUUUGAGUACAAUAAGGCAAAGUACCACCUCAAGGACGUUAUCGUGGGCAAGAUCUACUUCCUCUUGGUGCGCAUCAAGAUCAAGCACAUGGAACUGUCGAUUAUCCGCCGGGAAACGACCGGAGCCGCACCCAACCUGUACAACGAGAGUGAGACCAUCACCAAAUUCGAGAUCAUGGACGGCGCACCCGUCCGCGGAGAGACCAUCCCCAUCCGUCUCUUCCUGGGAGGGUUCGAGCUCAUCCCGACGUUCCGCGACGUCAACAAGAAGUUUUCGACCCGAUACUACCUCAACCUCGUGUUGAUAGAUGAGGAGAACCGCCGUUACUUCAAGCAGCAGGAAAUCACCGUGUACCGUAUUCCCGAGAACUAG